AUGGACGCAUGGCAGAGGCUCGGCCUGGCCGCCAGGCUCGGCGGGGGACACUCUCGGCGGCUCGUGCCGCUGUGGCUGCUGCUGGCCUGUCUGCGGCCUGGGGCAGGCCUGGAACACAUCAGCUACGUGCCCCAGCUCGCCAACGCCACCCUGGCGGGGAGGCUCACCCAGACCACCUUCACGCUAGAGCAGCCUCGCGGCCAGUUCAGCCACCUCAGCAUCUCUGACUGGGACCCCAUCUGGCUGGUGGUGGCCAACAGCUGUGCCACCCAGGACUUCACCACCCCGAAGAGGACCAAGGACCUGCCGGUCCCGGCCCAGUUGUCUCAGAGGGGCUACUACGUCACCCUGAGGGCCAGCCGGGCGCUCUACCCGCCCCGCCAGCCGCACCGGCUCCAGGUCCUGCGCGUGGGCAACGACUCCCGCUGCUCCCCGGAGGACCUGGGCUGUAAUAGCCCGCUGCGGGACCCCGGGCCCUACCGGGUGAAGUUCCUGGUGAUGCGGAACGACGUCCCUGUGGCCGAGACGGACUGGUCUGAGGAGCUGCGCCUGCAGCGAGCCGAGACCCUCGAGAUCAUCCCGGGCUCCCAGAGCCCCAGAACUGUGGUCAUCAUCACCCUCCUUGCCGUGCUCCUGGCCGUCUUCCUCACCACCCUCCUCGCCCUGCUGGUGCACACCUGGUAA